AUGGAGAGCACCAACGACACUAGGACGGCCCAGUCUGCAGCAUUCUGCCGAAGGUGUCUGCGGAGGGUUGCCUUAUGUCUUCGGCUGUGGUACCUGGCAAAGCAGCCCUCCCUGCGAGGGACUCUGCGAGAUUCCAGUGCCUGUGAGGGCUUGAAGGGCCUGGCGGAGGAGCAGGUGCGAAUCUGCCAGCGGCAAGUGGAAGCCAUGGACUCAGUGAAGCAUGGAGCAGAGCUGGCCAUAGAGGAGUGUCAGCACCAGUUUCACAACCGUCGAUGGAAUUGCUCCACUCUUCAGGGGCUACAGGUCUUUGGCAAGGUUGCCAUACAAGGUACACGAGAAUCUGCUUUCAUUCAUGCCAUCUCAUCAGCGGGAGUGGCGUUCGCUGUGACCCGGGCCUGCAGCCGUGGGGAGCUGGAGAAGUGUGGAUGUGAUCGCAAGAUCCGUGGAGUCAGCCCAGAAGGAUUCCAGUGGUCAGGCUGCUCUGACAACCUGUCCUAUGGUAUUGCCUUUUCUCAAGCCUUCGUGGAUAACCCUGAGCGGAGCCGUGGUGUCUCGUCCAGCCGAGCACUCAUGAACCUGCACAACAAUGAGGCUGGUAGGAAGGCCAUCCUGUCACACAUGAAGGUAGAGUGCAAGUGUCAUGGAGUGUCAGGUUCCUGCGAGGUCCGCACCUGCUGGAAGGUGAUGCCCCCAUUCCGCAAGGUGGGCAAUGUCCUGAAAGAGAAAUUUGAGGGGGCCACAGAGGUGCACCCCAAGCGGGUUGGUUCCCAAAAGCUCCUGGUGCCCAAGAGCUCCCGCUUCAAACCCUACACAGCUCAUGACCUGGUCUACUUGGUGGCCAGCCCAGACUUCUGUGACCGGGAUCCCCACAGUGGGGUCUUUGGCACCUCCGGACGCCAGUGCAACCGGACGUCCCAUGCCAUGGAUGGCUGCGAGCUCCUGUGCUGCGGGCGAGGCUUCCGCACAGCCCAGGCCGAGGUGGUGGAGAGAUGCAGCUGCAAGUUCCACUGGUGCUGUUCAGUCAAGUGCAAGCAGUGCCGCCACCUUGUGGAGGUGCACACCUGCCGGUGA